GUUGGUGAUCGAUCAGUUCUAGCAUCUUCUUUUUGUGCGUUUAUAGUCGUUCAUUUUUUUUAUAUUUGCAAGUUUGCACUUAUAUCGUUCAGUAGUCACUGUCAUUUUUUACGGUUUCGAAUCCAGAAACAGUUCCCUUUUUUUUUCAAUUUUUUUCCCUAGAAUUGUGCUAGUGCUUUUCAACAUCUCUUCUUAUUAUACUAGUUAUCAAUGUUGCUGAGAAGUUUCAUUAUAGAGUUUAUAAUAUCCAUAGCCGGAUAAUUAUUUGAUCUGAUGUACUCUGAAUCCAGUGAUUCCUAACUUGGUUUGGUUGGCGUUUCCACGGUAGAGAACAAAUUGAAUGGAGACGCUACCUGAAAUAUAUCCAUUGACAGGCUUGCAAAUUGGUGAUAUACAAUCUUAUGUUUCACGGGCUUUCUUGUAUUUUACUCUCGGGAGUAAUAAAAUUUUGAUUCUAGUUGAUAAUAGACCAUGGUUGUUGAACCAACAGUCCAGAUCAGCAAGGCUGUGGCAAUUAAUGGUUACCAAGUACAGAAUGUCUCCAUUUGCAAAUACCAGGACCCGUGACAGAGCCACUAAUGCAGGCAAUGAAACAGAACGUAAUGGCUGCUGCUCAUCUAAUCAGGAUAAUGCCAGGAGGUUGUGCAGAUGGCUGCCGGUCAUUGAAACUUUAAAAAGGCGAGAGAAAUACCUCUUCUCUGCUAUGGACUUGAGCAAAGCUCUUCAUGGUUUUCUUGUGUUUGAGGUAUCAUGGAAAGAUGUCCAUGGUAUUAACUAUUUGAAUGAGCUGCAGACUGAUACAUCUCUAGCUCUUGAGGUGAAAUCCAUGAAGAAAUGGGAAUUCUAUAGCCCCGACCAAGCUUUAAGUUGUCUAUCGGUAUGGUUCUCUGGCAGAAAAUCUGAAAUUCAAUCAGUUAAGGACAACCUAAGGAAGUUAUGUGAUCCCAAAACUGAUCACUGGCAUGAUGAUUCUUCAUCUGAAGAAAUUCUUCACGAAUGCUCAGAUGUUCAAGAAUCUCCUCAUGAGACUGAUGAUAAUAUGAAUUCUAAUGGUUCUGAAAAGAGAUCAGAGGAGUGUGUAGAGAUGGACGGGGAACCCGAAAUUGGACCAACCCAUUACUCAGACAAAUUGCUACUCUUCAGAUUUAACGACAGCCUACUGCCGUUCAAACUAAGGCAAAUUAUCAUUUCUGAACUGAGGCUUUUGACAUUGCUCGAGUCUGGACUUCCUUCUUGGGUUAUAUUUUUCCAAUCCUAUCCUCUUUUUUGUCAUUUUUAUCGUCCAUGGAUGCGGCACUUAGCAAGAACUCUUUAUAUAUUGAUAUCAUUAGUAACAGUGAUCAUCGGUUUCUAUGAUUUGUAUAAGAAUGUACCCCUACUGAAGGUCACUGCAUCUCGCAUUUGUGGUCCAUUAUUUAGUUGGAUCGAAGCAUGGGACAUGGCUUCAAGAAUACAGUAUCUUGGAACAAUGCUAUUCCUUCAGAAUCUUGAAAGAGGUUUUAAGUGGUUUAUGAUGAUCAUAGGGACAGGUAGAACGGUGCUAGCAGCAAUUGCGAGACCAUUUUCUGCACCACUCUCGGAAGUUGCAGGAUUCAUCUCUCCUUUGUGGGAUGCAUGUUCUGAGACUGCCGAGCUUUUCUUAUCAACAGCAUGGUUUGCUAUUGAAUCCAUGUACAACAUAUUUCUCGAUCUAAUUGAUGUUUUUGUUUCUCCAUUUGAGCUACUCUAUUCAUACAUUUGCACAAUUGCAAUACCAGUUUAUCCUUUAGCAUGUUCUCUAUGGGAGUUACUCCUUUUUCCCAUAAGAUGCAUCAUCACAUUGGCAAGCUAUUUGAUAUCGUUACUAUUCGAUGCUGAUGAUUUUGUAAGAUACGUAUGGGGGUUCGCUCGAAAUAUUCUUCAGCUGGCAUAUGUGUCAAAAGCAAAGCAAGGGGCUAAUGAAAUAUCGGUGUGGCGGGGGCUAUGGAACGAUUUAUUCUCUCAGGUUUUUCGAGCUAGCGGAAGCAUUAUAAAAGGCUUGUUGGCAUUCUUCAGUACCUGUAAUCGUCACAGACUAAGCACAUCGAACCAGAUCCGAGCAUUCUUCUUGCGCCUUGCUCGCUUCAUUCACUUGGCACCUCGAACCUGCCAAUGCAAACAAAGACGUCGAAUUCAGCAUCUUCAUGAGGAGGAAGAACACACACAAUGUCAUCACUGUGAAUGAGAAUCAAAUUAGAAGUUCAUCCUCAUGUUUUUAUGUUCAUGUAUAUUAAAAAAUCUUUUGAUUAGUUUCACUGUAUAUAGUGAGAAGAAUUUUUACUACAAUGAUGAAAAACUUGUGUGGACUUGUAUAGAUAAAAUGAGUAAAGAGCUCUUCAUGUACAAACUGUGAAAUUGUUUUAGUAAAGUGUU